GACCGUAUGAUACAUGACAGCAUUCGCAUAAGUAAACAAACAAGGCACUUUGACACAACUAAUAUAGAAAGGAGAACAGGGUAUAUUUAACGAACUGCCAAGCGUAAACUAAUUUCCAUGUAAAAAUUAUAUAUGUUCUUUUGGAGCGUUUAUUUGUAAUUUGUUUAUUCAACAUGGCAGUUUACAUUACAGCAGCAAAAAUGAAGUAGCUAUUUAAUUCACCAGUUUUGUGUAUGUAAAGUAUAAACUGAAAUCUCCAUAACACACUCAUAAUUAUGAAAAUAUUUGUAUAUAUCUAGAUACGGAAUAAACAUUCACAACACAAGCGAUAACAGUGUAUAUACCGUAUACAAUUUCGUAAUGUCUAUUGAACUUUUGAUGAAAAUCAGUUUUCUGUUGUCAGGAGAAAUUAAUGCGCUAGCUUGGGAUUUUUAUGUCUUUAUUUUAAUACUAUAGACUUUUGCAACAGUAAAACAACAGGGGAAAAAACUUUGUAGACUAAGGAAUGCAGCGAGACCAUGUCCCUGGCGAAUACAUAGUCCAAGCAAGAAAUCCCUAAAAUAGGACUGAAAUUAUAAGGCUGUUAAUAGGCAAAAUCUUUCAAAUUUUUUUAAAAAUAUGUGCGUUCCUAAAGCUGCUACUACUGAACAUGUUGUACUCAAUAUAAGGGGUUGACUUGUACCGUUGUCAUCUGUGAUGCCGUAACGGGGUAUGGUAGCAGGGUGUCGAGUUAUGCCGGUUCGGGAGCUGUCGCAAUAGUGGAGAAAGUAUAGUAAAGAAUAAUUAUUUAGAAGUGAAGAAAGCUGUGGAAGUGAUGCUUGUGUUUGUUAAGAGAUUAAGGGGAAUAUGUAUCAGUGAAACAGUUUGGCUGUCAAACAUCACUGCGUGCAUUACGUAACAUUCCUUUUUUUUAAAUUUAGUGUUGUUAUACAAUCGGACAUAACCCCUAAACUCCUGAGCUGUUCUCAUUUUAUGGUCAGAUACACUGCGUCACGAAUGUUCUUAGUGUAGAAUAAUUAAUUUAUCGUAAAUAUAACAAACAUGUCUCGGGUGUGGACUCAGGAUUUAUUGGGCGUCCUGCGCGGCUUGCAGAGCGUUAUCGUUGCGACCAGCAGACUCCAAGAAGCCGAAUGUAAACUAAUUUGGGAAAACUCCAGCGUAAAAGUUCUAGCAGAAGAAGCAGUCAACACCUUCGGAAGAAACCUGGAUGCUUUAUCAAAAGCUGAUGCUCGGAAUGAAUUAUCAAAGGUGAUAUCUGAAACAAUUGAGAGGACAUCAAUGGUGUUUGAAGGUGUGAAAGGAUAUGCGAAAUAUUCUCAAGAGAUUUCUACACCAGCUCCACCGUUAGCAACUGCAGAAGAGUUAAGUGAGCUGAAUCUCUAUGAUCCAAACAUCUUGCAGUUUGAUGAUGUUGCAACACAGUCCUCCACUGCAGCAGGAAUACAUGACAAGAAGACAGUUUUGACUGAUGAGAAGGAAUAUCAGCAUCUGAGGCCAAAUGCCAGAGAUGUACAGGCUGUAACAUCCUCACCUACAGAAGAACUAUUGACAGGAGCACGAGUGCCACCUGUCCGGAAAUCGCCUGUGCCCUCGGACAGAUUACAGCCGGAAGACCUUGCGCAGCCUGUGCAGACUGGGCAGCCGCCUCCGGUUGUGCCACCACCACCACCACCACCACCACCACCAGUGGCAGCUAAGGGAUCUGGCAUGCCACACCAUGUGCGCAAGAGGCAGGAGCUCAGUGAGAUGGCCCGCGCUCGGCGUGUCCCCUCGUCUCGUGUGGGGCGGUUGGUGAGCUUCGGCAGUCUGGCGGCUGGCCUGGGAAUGGGGGCAGUGGCCGAGGUAACGCGCCGCACGCUGGGUGUCGGGGGCACGGACAGGGACAGGGGUGGGACGCUGGACAAUGUCCUGCUGUCAGAGGCCAAUGCCCAGAGGAUCGUCAACACACUGUGCAAAGUUAGAGGAGCAGCACUGAAGAUUGGCCAGAUCCUCAGCAUACAGGACAGCAACACUAUCAGUCCUGGUCUGCAGGCUGCAUUCGAGAGGGUGCGGCAGUCAGCAGAUUUCAUGCCUACGUGGCAAGUAGAGAGAGUCCUGUCACGGGAACUCGGGGCUGACUGGCGGUCACGGCUGCAGGAAUUUGAAGAACGGCCAUUUGCUGCAGCGUCUAUCGGACAGGUUCACUUGGCUCGACUGCCAGAUGGGACAGAGGUUGCCAUGAAAAUACAGUAUCCCGGUGUGGCAGAAGGAAUAGAUUCAGACAUCAAUAACCUUGUUGGAGUUUUGAAGGUGUGGAACAUAUUCCCAGAAGGGUUCUUCAUUGACAAUGUAGUUGAAGUAGCAAAACGAGAGCUUGCAUGGGAGGUAGAUUACAUUCGCGAGGCAGAAUGUACUCGAAAGUUCCACAAAUUACUGACUCCAUACCCAGACUACUACGUGCCUAAAAUAAUUGAUGAACUUAGUACUGCUAAGAUACUGACUUCUGAACUGGUAGAUGGAAUUCCAGUGGAUAAGUGCUGCCAUAUGGAUCAGGAAACCCGCAACCACAUUUGUCAGCUCAUCAUGAAACUCUGUUUGCAUGAGUUGUUUACCUUCCGUUACAUGCAGACCGACCCCAACUGGUCAAAUUUCUUCUUCAACCCAAAUACCAAGAAACUUGCUCUGUUGGACUUUGGUGCAUCUCGAGGGUACGACCGAGAGUUCAUGGACAAAUACAUCGAAGUGAUUCGAGGUGCAGCAGAUGCCGAUCGUGAGAAGGUUCUCGUGUUGUCUCGGGACAUGGGCUUCCUGACGGGCUACGAGUCAAAGGUGAUGGAAGAUGCUCAUGUCAAUGCUGUUAUGAUACUGGGCGAGGUGUUCAGAAGUAAAGAACCUUUUGACUUUGGAGCACAGGACACUACUCGUCGCAUUACAGAGCUGGUGCCGACAAUGCUGAAACACAGGCUGCGCCCACCGCCGGAGCAAAUCUACUCUCUGCAUCGCAAGCUGUCAGGAGUUUUCCUUCUGUGUGCUAAACUGCAGGCUCGUGUUGAGUGCCGUUCCAUGUUUGAGGAAGCUUAUUGGAAAUACACUCAUGGAGACGUUGACCGUAUUGCAUCAUCUCAUGGAUAGAGAAGUGAAAAAUGAAGUGUGUCAUGAAAGCUUUAUAGUCCUGUGACAUCAUAUAAGGUGUCUGAUGUGUUUAUAAUGUGUGAGGCUUUAAGUUGUGUGUAAAUUUUUCUCAGGCAACCGAAGCUUGAAGCUUUAUCUCAAUGUUGUGAAUAACCUGUUAAUGGUUUGGCUUUAUCGCAAAAUGAGAGCACUUUAAAUAAAGUCAGUUACAGAUAUAGACAA